UAUUACCACAUAAAACUACAGGUACUUGAAGAUAAUGGUUAUUAUCGGCUGUUAUGAGACCGCAGACACAACCGCGAAAAUCACCUCGUACUCGCUGUGGUUUGUCCAGGUUCCUCGAAUUAUGUCUCAAUCUGUUUGAGUGUCGGAAGAAAAGCCUGCUACCAACUAGUUUCAAUUUGUCAAACAUAUCUUUCAGCCAGAUUGUUAAUUAUUAUGGUUAUGAAGAAGACACACGAUUAUAUACUCUCCAGACAAAUCUAUCAAUUGAACACGGUGCGACGCCGCGAGUGUGUUUUCAAAACGAGUGCACCACAUUGUGAUCAUUGCCUUUAUCUGGAGUAGUCGGUGUUUGUUCACGUGCUUGACAGGACUGUCUUUUUAAGGCGAGUUAGGACUUCUUUCCUGCUUUCGAUUUUUAAUUAGACUGGAAUUAUUAUUUUCAAGCAAGCUUUCACCAUUUCCAGAAACUGAAGAAUAGCUCAUAGAGUUGUCAUAAACCGCCAUAAUCUCCUCUAUACAAACUUCGUGGGUACAAAGCACAUCACUGUCAACAACGAGCGUAUAAUAAACUUAGGGAGAGAGGAACGCAUGUUACAGAUUCUUUUUUCAUUGGUUGGUGUAAUCAUCGGGCCAACUAAUUCUUCAUAUAUUUAGUUUCUUGCUGUCUGUUGCCUCGCGAUCACAGGAGAGAAACGGUAUUUCUGCAAUCAGUUAUAUCGGAAUAGGAGCCAGGACAGCUCUUUUCUGAAACUACUUCCUCGUUUGCUGCCCACGAGCAUCGCUGUCUCACCCUCUCCCACCCCUCCGGAGAUCCAGCGAUAAACAGUACAGAAUGAUGGCGUCGUCACCGAGAGCUGUCUUUACGAGACAAAGGAACAUCACGACAAGGGUGUAUGUCGCCAUUAGUUCAAUAAUACUGCUGUACCUCAGUAUUAGUGUCGAAGCCAGUAUACAUAGUGUUCAGGAAAGAUUCACUUCUAGAGUCGGAGGUACCGUAAAUAUCCCCUUUGAAUACUGUGACAAACCUUCUUCAUCAUGUACGCACCAUAGGUUCAAUCUGUCCGCUCCGAACCCGACAUGUACCGUAGAUCGCUAUGGACACUGUGAAGUGGCCCGAGCUCCCGACAACGACCCUUUCCGAGAGGACAUGGGUAUGGGUUGUGAACUUUGCGUGCUCGUCAUUCACGGAGUGACGCAGAAAGACGCAGGCCGUUACUCCAUGUGUCAAACCUCUGGCGCCUGUACGAGUUCCUUUUGGCGCUACAUCUCGACGUUGGAAGUUGAAGAACCGCUAACGCCGACCAACUCGACUUUCACAACAGUGUCAACGAAACCCACCACUGAUUUGAAAAAGACCACCAAGCCAGAAGAUGCUCCGACAAAUGUUUCCGAGAUCAACACCCUAACCGGCACAGACGCGCAACCCGGCAAUACUGCUCGCUCGAGCACCUCCUCUGCGGUCGGAAUCCCAAUUACCAUCGUGUUUCUAGUUAUCCUGUUCAUCGUCGGUGCAGUUUAUUUCUGGAAGAGGAGAAACAGAAGACAAAACACAACUUUGUCGCCUGCAUCACCUUAUGCCGAUACGACUACAGUGACUAUCACAGACGAAGUCACACGUUUGAGAGCAGAAUCUGAGUCAGAUACAUAAUGAGAAUUCGAAACUUCACCCCUCUGUCCCAACCUGUUUUGGUAAUGCAUUGUCUUUGACUGUAUUUGAGCGUUGAGAUCAUUGGGGGAGGAUGAACAAGAGAGUGAGGCAAUUUUGAGAAGAAGGAUAUCGGAACAUUUCUCCAUGUUACAAACAAUUGGAUUCAGUGUUCUCUCCUUAAUCAUGUGGCCACGGUUCAUGGAUGGAUCAAUGGAAACCAUAUUUUUGAUAGUUUUCUAUUUAAGUCGAAGAGAUGAAGUAGACCGAAGGAAUAGUCGUUCAGUGUCACACCAGUUUACAGCUUCAUUCAUCGAGUCGUCAAGACAGCGAAUAUUUUAGAAGAGCAAAAGUGACAAACUUAAGCAUCCUUGUCUGACCCUUGAAGUAGGGAAGCCAUUUUGGCUAGACAUCAACAUUGUCUGUCGGCGAUUAUAUCUGAUACUUGAGUGGGCCUCCAGUAUAAUGGAGGACGGUUUGGAAUUCCUGUAACUCGGGGAAAACCCAGUUCGCAAACCUGAAACAAUAUUGUAAGAGUUGGUAGAUCAUUACAUUUAGGAACGUGACUCUACCAAGGCAGUUAUUAAAGACACUGAGUGAUAUCGCUGUCGCAGCUUGCCAAUGGCUUACAUACAGGGGAUUUGGGCAUACACCCUCCCCUAAAUCACGUGGUGAGAAGGGGGGGGGGCGGAUUAGAAAGAAAAAGGGGGAAUGAAUGCAAGAGCCAUUAGAGCACCCAGGCCCCAAAGCCCCGCACCCCUAUUUUUUAAAUUCUAGAACAAUACCUGCCAUCAGAUGACUAGUAUAGCCCAAUAAAUAUACACACUAAUUAUUUAUCCACAUUUUCUGGCAUUUAUCCAACAUCAUGAUCCCAAAUGUCACAGGCAUAUUAAAGUAGGUCGGAACACUCCUCGUUUUUUUUAUAUUAGAUGAGUGUCACGUUUCCCGGUACGUGGCCUCUUCUAGUCUACAGACGGCUAGCCGAAGGCAAAUGAAGACAUUCACCUCGUUGUCGCCUUUCAGCGAUCAGAAUUGGUACUCAAAUGAAGCAUGUAUAAUUCAAAAGAUACACGGUGUCAUGAUUUCAUGUAUAAUUGACUAGUACGGCUUCACGCGAAUUAUUUAUUUGUGGGUAUAACUAAGAGUGAUAAGUACAGAUGGUGUACAGUAGUAGGAAUACGGGUGGGAUACAAUCCAACUGUUAUUGUUGAUUUAUACACACUUUAUACAACUUGGUCGUUUUUCGUAUUAUUUAAGAGUAGAAAUGUUAGCGCUAAUACAUCGGUCAUACCAACGAGACCGACUAAAGACCGAGCGAAGAAUUACAUUACCCCCAAUAGCUCCAACCUGGUCGGUCAGGAGUCGGUCUGGAAUCGGUUUGGCGGUGUGACCGAGGCCUACUACAGACUCUGUUUACAGCAAUAAAUGUAAUAACAGAUCGAGUCUGCUUUAGUAGCAUUUUACAUACUGUAGUUUCUAUCUUAUAAUCGACGGAUGUCCCUCUUUUAGAUGAUCAUUGUACAGGCUAUUUUCAUAAUGUACCUAAUAAAUGCAAAUGUAUUUGUUGAAGUGCAUCAUAACAAAUUAUUCAUUCACCUGUUACAAAUAAUAAUUUGUUGUACAUCAAUGGUCAAUAAGCAAAUUGCAUACCUAAGUUCAUACGUGUUGUUUGUAGAGCAAGUCACAAUGCUUGUCCGACCUAGCAACAACUGAUGUAUGCACUGUGCAUUGUGACUAUUUCGAUCCUAUUACAAGUGAGUGUAAUAAUAUCUCCUCACUGAGUAAUUGUUUAUACAUUUAAAAAAUUGACUGUUUUGAAUUGACGAUUGUCAAACAUGAUGAGUCAUAAACACGGUUGUAAUGCGUGUCAUUCAAAGGAAGGACUUGACUUCUUUUUAUUUAUACAAUAUGAGAUAAACAGGUUAAUAGCAUGCAAGGUCUCUGGUGCUCCUAAACUUUAGACUGUAUUAUUUACCGUGUUGUGUACAUAAAUAAUACAGAUCAAUUUUUUGUAUAUUGUUCUCUACCAGGUUUGAUUGAGACUGACAGAUAAUUCGUUUCAUAGACAUGUAUAAAGGUCAUCUGGGUCCCCGUCGCAUAACACUUGACAUUGGUGGUGACUUUGCCAUCAUCAUUAACUACCAUGGCAACAUCAGUCAACAGUGCAUUCUUUAUCUUCCAAUCAAAUCAAGGUUUCAAUGGAAGUUACCAUUAAUGACCAAGUAACCAUUAAUGGCCAAGUUACCACUGAUAGUAAGUUACCAUUAAUGGCAAAGUUACCUUCGAUAGUAAGUUUUAUUCAUCGGCCGGGGCCCUGUGGUUAUUCUAGUGGGGAAAGCACUGCAUUCAGAAGUACCAGAUUCGAGCCCUGAGUAGGAGAGGCGUAUCAUUACAUAUUUUUCUUCUUAAGGAAUUUGUUUUAUUGAGAAAUUCACGUAGAUUUGCCACUCCCCUCCCAGGAACGAAUUGAAUUGUUGGUUAAGGAUGGGAAUGUUUUGCAGUAAAAAAAAAUGCCUGUAUUAUAUUGGUACAUGUUUAUGAUCUGAUAUACACUUACAUUCGAUAGCAUGAUAUGUUUACUAUACGACCAUAUCGUUCACGUAUGUAAUCGUCAUUAAUGUUUUGAUAUUAAAAAGGGGGAAGGGGUCGUGUAAAGCAAACCUUGAGCUAACAAACAAACGAACAAACACAAAGACUCAACUGGGUGUGAAGUAAACGAUUAUAAAUUCUUAGGCUGCUUUUACAAUGGCGUUGAAAAUAGGAAUAAAUGGUAUUUAUUCGUUGUGGCACCGUCAUACAAAAAGAAGACCAAUACUAUCGAUUAACUGAACCUAGGAUAUAUAAAACAAAACUAUCUAAUAUUCGAGAAAACGGUAAAAAUACAGGGUAGCAGGCAGAAGAUUGUUCAUCUGUAUUUUAUCAUUGUACAUAAUACAUCAAAGAGUAUAAUGGUAUACAAGUCGUUCCUGUAUAAGUAAAUAACUCCAUGUACAUGCAUAUGAUGUUUGGUAGAGGACAUAGUAAUUUUCUGUUCGACAGUACCAUGGGUUAUAUUACUUUUUUUCUGGACUACGAUUGAGUGUUAUAUAUUUGUUUUUACAGUUUUAUUUUUAAAAAGAGGCUGACGGAAUUUAUUUUUUCAUAAACAGAUAUUUGAAAUGUAGUUUCAUAUAAAUGCACAUGUAUAUUUAUCAACUUAAAAAUGAUACUUGAGAGUCAGAUGUUUGAGCAAAAUAAUAGUUUUCUCUUAAUGUUGGAAGAUAUAAGAAAAAAUGCUUCUUCAAAGGAAGAAUACGUCCAAACUGAGGAAGAAAAUGAAAAGAGGAGAAGGGUAAUACGAAAAAACAUCAAAAGAGUAAAGAGAAGAAGAAGAGAAUUAGAACGAACAGAGUAACAAGGAGAACGGGGAGAAAAGAAAAGGAAGACGAAGUAAGAAGAAGAACAAGAAGAUUUCAAACGAGAACAAGAAGAAGAGGACGAGGAAGGAGUAUAGGAGAAGAUUAAGAAGAAGAAUAAGGAGGGGUGGAAAUUAAAGUGGAGUAGGAGACGGUGAGACUGAGAAAUAGCUUUAACUAUUUUAUAGACAUGAAAGAUCAGUAUUAGAGAGAGCGAGACCUCUUGAAGAAUUUUAUUUUGAUUAUGUAAAAGAAAAAAGUAUGAAAUGUACUGUAAAUAGUCAUUGUAUUUAUCUCAUGAAAUGUUCUGUGUAUGACUCCCAAUGUAUCAUCAUGACCGUACGGUAUGCUGUACGUGUGUAGUUUUUUAUCUGUAAUCUGAAAAGCAUUACAUUUCAAUAUAUUUUAUCAAUCUUGAGCUCCCUCGAAUCAAUCAAUUAUAAUUCUUAAUAACAUUCGGAAACCAAUCCAAUAUUUUUACACUUUUUAUGGCAAAUAAAUCAUGCUUGUUUAGUGAUUUUUUUUUAUAUUAUGCUUAACAACAAACAAAAAGGGGGAAAUUUAAUUCCUUGAUCUUUUUUUGGAUUCGGGUAUAUAGGCUAGGAGAAACUAUUUUUGUGAGACCAUGAGUAGUAUUAAUUUCAUUUUAAUUUGAUAUUAUUUUGAGAUAGAACUAUCGGACUUGAGUACCUCAUUUGUCCACAAUACAUAGUUAGCAAACACAUUGAACAUAUUUUAUCAUAAUUACGACAAGGAAUUAUGUAAAUUUAUGUAUUUGCAAUGUACAUUUUGAAGUAUCUUUUUAACAUGUCACUUUGUCAAAAUAUUGUUUUUUAUAAUUAUUUUACUACUAUGUACAACGGUUAAUUUGUGUCAACUAUGCCUUCAUAAUCUUGCAUUUAUGUAAUAAACCAUUACAUUUUACUCGUAA